AUGCCCAAAUACAUGUCUCGGCAAGAAUCAUCAUCGAGUGCUGUCCGUAGUAGAAACGGCGGCAAUGGUGAUAAGUCGGUAGCAACUGUAGGGAGAGCACCCGUGAGAGAAGGUGGCAUUUCUCUGCAGUAUCCGCUCCUAUCAAAGACAAAUUACGCAACUUGGGCAAUCAAGAUGCAAGUCUACAUGCAAGCUCAAGGGAUCACCGAAGACACCUUGCUACAGCUGGGGGCAAAGAAAUCGGCUAAAGAGGCAUGGGACGCUCUCAAGGUUAUGAACCUUGGUGCAGAGAGGGUCAAAGAAGUACAAGCACAAGCUCUCAGAUGGGAGCUCGAAAGCAUGAAGAUGGAGGAUGGUGAAUCUGUCGAUGAAUUCACCGGAAAGAUUUUGACAGUUGUCAACAAGCUCCGAGCUCUUGGUGAAAGGGUCAAUGAAACGUAUGUAGUGAAGAAAAUGCUACGUUCAGUGUCCCCUAAAUACCUUCAGAUUGCCUCGACCAUAGAAGAUUUCGGGAACUUGUCUGUAAAGACAAUUGAAGAAGUAAUUGGUUCUCUCAAAGCUCACGAGGAAAGGUUGCGAAGCUACGACUUCAGAGGAGACGAAUAUGUGCUACUCACUAAAGGAGAGUGGAAAGAUCCAACGAGAAGCACCUACAGGACAUGA